AUGCCACUGCGCAGUACAGAUUGGAACGUCUUGUGUAUAGGAAUUGAUCGCUACACAAUUGGCGCUGAGCCUCUGAGUUUUUGUGUUCGUGAUGCCUCGGCCGUUAGGCAAGCAUGGCAGACAGCGACGCAAGGAAGGCACCAGUUGGUCUGCAAACCGACAUCAGCGCAACUUCGCCAAGAGAUCGCAGCCUUUGCGCAGACAGGAACACUGAUUCCGCGGAACUUCUUGUUUUUUGCGGGGCAUAGCUACCAGUAUGAUGAGCAGCUGUACAUGAAAGCUCCAGAUUCCGAUACGUUCGCAGCUGAUGUCUGUGUCGACGAGGUUUGUAAGCAGCUGUCCGAGUUUGCAUUCUUCAUCUGUGCGCUCAACUCCUGCAGGCUCCAGAUAGCAAAGGCAAUCGUCUCUCCAAGGCUGCCUCCAAUCAUCCAGCCAACAGCGUAUUCAGUGAAGGACAGCUUUCGUAGAAAGUUGCGCUUUCAGAGACCAGUUCAACGAGAGCAUUUCUAUCUUUACGCGUGCUUAUCUGGUGAAGAAGCCCCAGAUGAGAACGACUUUGCACUGAAACUUGCAAGGCAUAUAGGGGAGCCUGGCGCGGCUGUGGAAGAAGUUGCACGCAAGCUUCGGCAUCGAGGUGCCCAUGUGGAGUGGCGGCAAAAUCUUGACUACUGGAGCGGUACCCACAUCACCCCAAGACCUGCCAAGUUGUUCAUCUCGAGGAAGAAGAUCGCAGUUUCUUCGCUCGCUUUCUUGCUCGCCAGCUUGACUCUUGUUCUUUGUUGGCUUCACGUGCUUUUUCCUGACAUGCAAUUCGCAGUCGAUGAGGUCAGUAUCUAUCUUGAUGACCAUCCUACGUAUUCUUUCUGCGAUGGGCCGUACAUUCGACUGGAUGUGCAAGACCUUGCACAUGCUGAGCGAGUUCUGCUAAACAGUAGUGACAGCACCUCGAAGACUUGUUUGGCGAUGUUGUAUGGCUUGCAGGGAUUCUUUUCUGAGUCAUACAAGCUGGCUAUGGAUGUAUGCAUCUCGUACGAGGCCGCACCUCUUGCGCAAAACGUCGCUUGCGGCUUGACAAGUUUUUUUCAAGGAAAGCUUCACGACUGCAUCAAGUACAGGCAGGACGCCGUUGCCCGUGCGUGCGAUGAGCUUGCCACGCGAUCAUCUGCCUGCUGGCGUGCGCACCUUGCUGCUGCACUUGCAAGCAACUUGCAAGGUUGGGACCAGCCCGCACGCGAAGCUCUUCUGCGUAUGAAUCAAACAGGCUGUCCUGACGACAUCCUUUUUGUAUCGUUGGUUGAGAUGGCUGAUAAUGAGAUGGCCACCGGUGACGCCAAACUCGCCAUGCGCAUGUUGCAUGACAUGUUGCCCACGGCAAUGCAACUUGCUUCCAACCCUGUCCAAAACAGCCGGGCCGUUGCCGUGCUGAGGGUCUACGCUGAGAGUUUAUCCUGGGAAGGAGAGCAUGAGGAAGCUCGUGCGUGGUUUUCAAGGGCGCUUGACCUCUCCAGGUUCAAGUGGGAUCGAAGCAUGGUUUUCUUUGAGCAAGCCAAGAUGCAACUUUGGUGGGACACGUCUGUUCCUGAGGCAAUACACUUAACAGAGAUUGGCAUUAGCAUGCUGAGCGACAUCAGCGCCGAUGACAAAUCAAUCUUUUGGUACCAGCCACUGAGAAACCAGAUGUUGAUUGCAAAUCGGACACAGCAUUCAAUUGAUUUGUCAUUGGUGACACGACUUAAGGAGCUGCUUGUAAGAUACCCAUUCCUAUACACGCAGCAUGAGGCUCAAAUUUCCGUUGUUGGUGACAUUGGGAAAGCCGCCGAUUGGCAAAAGACUAAUCGGUGA